UCAAAAGUGAUCAGACAGGUCUACAGGUUGCUGCUAUUAGUUGUUUGAUGGCUGCUUUAUCAGUUUCACCUUCAAUCCAAGUCAAAGAAAUGAUCUUAGAGGAAGCGUUGACAGCCUAUUCCAGGUUUUGUGGAGGCUGAUAAGAAGUCAGGUGUUCUUUUUACAUUACUUCAACAUUCUGCAAGACUAAGAAACACAAUGAUAUGCUUUGAAGCACUUCAGGUUUAACAAUCCAAGAGUGAUCCUGAAAAUGGCUCAAAGAAACAUGGUGAUCAAUGUGGCUGGCUCAAAGAAACAUGGUGAUCAAUGUGGCACAACCAUCCUUCAAGCUACAACAAAUAGAGUGGCCAACAAGAGGUGUGUCUCAUGGCAAAUGAAAUAGUUGCAACAUCUAUUGGAAGUGAAGGGCAUUCAAUUGUAAGACCCCUUCUCUUUGUUGGUGACAACUACUUGUAUUGGAAGACUAGGAUGGGGCUGUUCAUUCAAGCUAAUGAUUAUCAAGUUUGGAGGGUCAUUGUAAAUGGUUCUCAAAUUUCAAUGAAAAUGGUGGAUGGUAGGGAGGUGAUCAAGCAAGAGAGUGAAUGGGAUGUAAAUGAUAUAAAGAUGGCUAAACUCAAUGCCAAAGCAAUGCAUAUACUUUUUUGUGCAUUGGGGCCUAAUGAGUACAAUAAAGUUUUUUUGUAUGAAAAUACAAAAGAAAUUUGUGAUAAGUUAGUUGUCACUCAUGAAGGUACAAAUCAAGUAAAGGAGACAAAAAUUGGCAUGCUCACUCAUGAUUAUGAGUUAUUCAAGAUGAAACCAGAUGAAACCAUUAGUGAGAUGUCAAACCGCUUCACUGACAUCAUUAAUGGUUUAAAGGCUCUUAGGAAGACUUACUCAAAUGUGUAGAUGGUGAAGAAAAUUUUCAAUAGUCUACCAAAGAGUUGGGAAGCUAAAGUGACAGCAAUUGAAGAGUCCAAAGAUCCUCACACUCUCUCUUUGGAUGCACUAAUAGGUUUUCUCCUUACCUAUGAGAUGAAGCUCAAAAGGGGGCAAGAACCAAUCAAGAAAGGUGGCAUUGCUCUCAAAUCUACCUUUCAAGAAGAUGAAGAAAAUCUUGGACAAGAAGAGGAUGAUGAAGAUGAAAAGAUAGCCAUGUUUGCAAAGAGAUUCAAGAAGUUCAUGAGGAUGAACAAGUUCUCAAGUAGAAGAAGACCACAAAGGGAAAUGGUUAAAGGGAGAAUCAAGUCGAAGAGAAAAUGAGCAAAUUAUUUGCUAUGAAUGCAACAAAUCGGGUCAUAUUAAAUUUUAUUGUCCUUUGUGGAAGAGGCAAAACAUGACAAAGCCAAAGAAGAAAGCAAUGGUUGCAACAUGGAGUGAUAGUGACUUUUCGAAGAUGAGUCAAAUGAGGAGGAAGUAGCCAAUCUAUGUCUCAUGGCUCUUGAUGAGCCCAAGGUAACUUUUAAUCCAUAUGAUUUAAAUUCAUACACAUUUGAUGAAUUGCAAGAUGCUUAUGAUGAAUUAGCCAUAGAAUUUGAAAACAUGAACAUGAAAUAUAGGAAAAUGAUCUCUAAGUUGAAACUAGAAAAUGAACUCUUGACUAAAGCAAAUGAUGACUUAAAAAAGGAAGUUGAGCUCUUAAAGUUGAAUGUCAAUGACUUGACUAAGAAAAAUGAAAAUUUGCAUAACUCAUUUUCUAGAUUUUAUAUGGGACAUUAAAAACUCAAUGAUAUGCUUGAAACACAAAGAGCAUUCUUUGAUAAAGAUAGAUUAGGCUAUAAUGGUGGCAACAAAGAGACUCAUUUAAAUAAUUUUCUUGUUAAGCCAAUGAUUCAUCUAGCAUAUAUGCAUAUUGUCAUAAAUUGGGUCAAUUUAUACAAUAUUGUUCUUUGAAGAAAGUCACCUAUAGAGGUAAGCUCAUUAGGAGAGUGUGGAUUCCAAAAAGAGUUAGCACAUCUCAAAAUAAGAUGACUAAAAUGAAGUGGAUUCCAAAAGGCACAAAAAUUGUUAGUGCUAACACUUAAGGACCCAAGAAAAUUUGGGUACCCAAAACAAAAAUUUAAUUGUGUUUUUGUAAGUGGAUGAGCAUUGUUACAAAGCCAAUUCAAGCAAGAACAAUCCAUAGUACCUUGAUAGUAGAUGCUCAAAACACAUGACCGGAAACAAAACUCUUUUUAAGGAUUUAAAAGCUAAGAGUGGAGAAGAUGUUACAUUUGGUGACAACUCUAAAGGUCAAAUUGAAGGGAUUAGCUCCAUUGGUAACAAUUCUUCUACUACUAGUGAAAAUGUUUUACUUGUAAAAAGACUCAAGCAUAACUUAUUAUUAGUCAAUUAUGUGACAAAGGACUUAGAGUUGUGUUUGAAUUCAUGUGCUGUAAAGUAAUUGAUAUCAAAACUAACAAGCUUGUUUUUGUUUGACAUCGUCAAGGAAAUAUUUAUGUGGUGCAUUUAGAUGAUCUUUCCUCUAAAAAUGUUUGUUUUAUGGCUCAAAAAGAAAAUGAAAGUUGGACUUGGCAUAGA